GCUCGUUUCUGUUCUGUACUUCCGCCUGCUGGUUUAAACUUCCACCGGAAGUCUGCUUGUCCUCUUCUACCAGGCCGAUCCAACAUGGGACGAGUCAGGACCAAGACAGUGAAGAAGGCUGCCAGGGUCAUCAUCGAGAAGUACUACACCCGGCUGGGAAAUGACUUCCACACCAACAAGAGAGUAUGUGAGGAGAUAGCCAUCAUCCCCAGCAAGAAGCUCCGCAACAAGAUUGCUGGGUAUGUAACACAUCUGAUGAAGAGGAUCCAGAGGGGUCCAGUCAGAGGAAUCUCCAUCAAGCUGCAGGAGGAGGAGAGAGAGAGGAGGGACAACUAUGUACCAGAGGUGUCCGCUUUGGAUCAGGAGCUGAUUGAAGUUGAUCCCGACACCAAGGAGAUGCUGAAGCUGCUGGACUUUGGCAGUCUGUCCAACCUGCAGGUCACCCAGCCCACCGUCGGCAUGAACUUCAAGCAGCCUCGAGGAGUCUAAGCGUCUGUACAGCAUCUUGCCAAUAAAAAGCCUUCGGGACAAAAACUCUGGACUGUUGAUUUGUGGACACCUCUGUUUUAGGUGUUUUACCUUUAAAUUAUGUGUUUCUCAUAAAUGUAGGGUAAAAGUUGGCUGUGAGCCAUGUUUGAAAUAGACAAAUAAAAAAUGAACCACCCCAUCA